GGCUGGGACUAGGACUAGGGCUGGGAGUAGGGCCGGUACUGGGACUGGAGCUGCUGCUGCCCAGGCCUCCCCAAGGGCUGAGCCAAGGCGGGAUGGGGUUGGGAGGACUCUGAUGGGAAAGGAGCCAAUUGGAAACAGUGGGAUAUACCGGAGGAAUUGACGUCAGUCAGAAAGAGGGAAUUUUGUAAUGGGAAAUGAGACUGUCCAUGUGAAAGGAAGGAAUCAGAUGGUAAAUACAGUGUGGGAGCAGCAGCAUGGAAGAAAUUGGUUUGUAACACAUCAUAAACUGAUCAGGAGUCCAAAAUAUGAUGUUCUGGGGGAAAAAGGUAUCUCUAAAGGGCCCUGGCAAUGAAAAGGAAAAAAUCCACAACCCCUCCUCCAAAGCUCCUGUAUGAUCAAAAGGGUUGGACACAGUACAGAGAAGAACGCUUCCUGCUGCCUUCCUUCUCCUGCUCCAUAGCCCAAGCUCAGCUGAACCCAGGACAGGCUCUCCAGAAGUUCAUAGAGUUUGAAGAUGCACUGGAACAGGAGAAGAAAGAACUACAAAUCCAAGUGGAACACCUUGAAUUUCAGACUCGACAGUUGGAGCUGAAGACCAAAAACUAUGCAGACCAGAUUUCUCGACUGGAGGAACGUGAAUCAGAAAUGAAGAAGGAGUACAAUGCUCUGCAUCAGCGUCACACAGAGAUGAUCCAGACCUACGUGGAACACAUUGAGCGAUCCAAGAUGCAGCAAGUUGUGGGAAAUAACCAAACUGAGGGCAGUGUCCCUCCGAGAAGUCAUCGUCAGUCCUGGAGGAAAAGCAGGAAGGAACGUCCCAGCUCCCUGAAUGUCUUCCCCCUCGCUGAUGGCAUGGUACGUGGGCAGAUAGGGGCCAAGAUCGUCCCAACACUGGACCACUGGCACCUGAGUGACCUCGGCCAGCUGCAGUCCAACUCCAGCUACAAGUGCCCCCAGGAUGAGAUGUCUGAAUCUGGGCAGUCCUCAGCAGCUGCCACACCAAGCACCACGGGAACCAAGUCCAACACUCCCACGUCAUCCGUGCCCUCUGCUGCUGUCACCCCUCUGAACGAGAGCAUCCAGCCCAUCAGCGAGUACACCAAUGGCACCACCAAGAGCAAUAAGAGGGCACGAGAAAAGCGGAACAGCCGGAACAUGGAAGUCCAGGUCACACAGGAGAUGAGGAAUGUCAGCAUAGGGAUGGGCAGCAGUGAUGAGUGGUCCGAUGUCCAGGACAUCAUUGACUCUACUCCAGAGCUGGACAUGUGUCAGGACCCCCGCCUGGAACGCACGGGUAGCAGCCCAACACAGGGGAUUGUGAACAAAGCAUUUGGCAUCAACACAGACUCCCUGUACCAUGAACUGUCCACAGCUGGGUCCGAGGUCAUUGGAGAUGUUGAUGAAGGAGCAGAUCUGCUAGGGGAGUUCUCAGUACGGGAUGAUUUCUUUGGAAUGGGCAAAGAAGUGGGGAAUCUGCUGUUGGAGAACUCGCAGCUGCUGGAGACCAAAAAUGCUUUGAACGUUGUGAAGAAUGAUUUGAUUGCCAAGGUGGACCAGCUGUCUGGGGAGCAGGAAGUGCUGAAGGGGGAGCUGGAAGCAACAAAGCAGGCCAAAGCCAAAAUAGAAACCAGAGUCAAGGAGCUGGAGGAGGAGCUGAAGAGAGUGAAAUCCGAAGCCAUCGUUGCCCGACGAGAGCCCAAAGAGGAGGUGGAGGAUGACAGCAUUCCCAUUGCCCAGCGCCGGCGCUUCACCCGCGUGGAGAUGGCCCGAGUGCUGAUGGAGCGCAACCAGUACAAGGAGAGGCUGAUGGAGCUCCAGGAGGCCGUCAGGUGGACAGAGAUGAUCAGAGCUUCCCGUGAGCACCCGUCCGUCCAGGAGAAGAAGAAAUCCACCAUUUGGCAGUUCUUCAGCCGUCUGUUCAGCUCUUCCUCCAGUCCCCCCCCAGCAAAGAGGACCUACCCCUCUGUGAAUAUCCACUACAAGUCUCCCACCACAGCGGGGUUCAGCCAGCGGCGCAGCCACACCAUGUGCCAGAUCUCCUCCGGCAGCCGCACCCUCGAGUUCUUCCCUGACGAUGACUGCACGUCCUCGGCACGCCGGGAGCAGAAGCGGGAGCAGUACCGGCAGGUCCGGGAGCACGUGCGGAAUGACGACGGGCGGUUGCAGGCCUGUGGCUGGAGCCUCCCAGCCAAGUACAAGCAGCUGAGUCCCAAUGGUGGUCAGGAAGACACUCGCAUGAAAAACGUCCCUGUGCCUGUGUAUUGUCGCCCGCUAGUAGAGAAGGACCCAACCAUGAAGCUGUGGUGUGCAGCUGGAGUCAAUCUCUCAGGAUGGAGACCUUUGGAACUGGAGCCUGGGAAUGGGCAGAAAUUGGAUCCUGGGCGUGAUCCCCUCACCUGUGAUAGGGAAGUGGAAGGCGAGAACAACAAAAGUAACCAUACAUCUCCUGAGAAGAAAAAGGCAAAGGAGAUCCAUGAGAUGGAUGCCACAUCCAGCCGUGUCUGGAUCCUCACUAGCACACUGUCCACCAGUAAAGUUGUGAUCAUUGAUGCCAACCAGCCCGGCACUGUGGUGGACCAGUUCACUGUCUGCAACGCCCACGUGCUCUGCAUUUCCAGCAUCCCCGCGGCCAGUGAGAGUGACUAUCCCCCGGGCGAGAUCUUCCUGGAGGGGGAUGUGAAUCCUGAGGAGUCGGCUGGAGCAGACGGUGUCUUGGCAGGGAUCACGCUGGUGGGCUGUGCGACCCGCUGCAAUGUGCCACGAAGCAACUGUUCCUCGCGUGGGGACACACCUGUGCUGGACAAGGGACAGAGUGAGGUGGCUCCCAUCUGCAAUGGGAAGAUCAACCAGUCCCAGUCUACUGAGGAGGCAACAGAGGCUACGGAGGUCCCGGAGAGCAGUGCCAGUGAGGCAGAGCCGGCGCAGGCCCGGCCCGGGCCCCUCACCGAGCAUGUGUUCACAGACCCUGUCCCAGCACAGGCACCCAGGCAGAACGGGGAGAACGGGCAGCUGAAGACGGAGCCCAGCACAACACUGCCAGAUCAAGAGCCAACCAGCGAUGCUGCUGGGACCUGCACCAGUGCUGCCCCCACCAUGUGGCUGGGAGCUCAGAAUGGCUGGCUUUAUGUGCACUCGGCUGUGUCCAACUGGAAGAAGUGUCUGCACUCAAUAAAGCUAAAGGACUCUGUGCUGAGCCUGGUGCAUGUGAAAGGGAGGGUCCUGGUUGCUCUGGCAGAUGGAACGCUAGCCAUAUUCCACCGGGGAGAAGAUGGCCAGUGGGAUCUCAGUAAUUACCACCUGAUGGAUCUCGGCCACACUCACCACUCGAUCCGCUGCAUGGCUGUGGUCUACGAUAGAGUCUGGUGUGGCUACAAGAACAAAAUCCAUGUUAUCCAGCCAAAGACGAUGCAGAUUGAGAAAUCCUUUGAUGCCCACCCUCGGCGAGAGAGCCAGGUGCGACAGCUGGCAUGGAUUGGAGAUGGAGUGUGGGUUUCCAUCCGUCUGGACUCCACCCUGAGGCUCUACCAUGCCCACAGCCAUCAGCACCUGCAGGAUGUCGACAUCGAGCCUUACGUCAGCAAGAUGCUGGGCACUGGAAAGCUGGGUUUCUCCUUCGUGCGGAUCACAGCCCUGCUCAUCGCUGGCAACCGCCUUUGGGUGGGCACCGGGAACGGUGUCGUCAUCUCCAUUCCCCUGACAGAGACUGUAGUCCUCCACCGAGGCCAACUCCUUGGGCUCCGGGCCAACAAGACCUCACCAACCUCUGGAGAGGGCAGCCGCUCUGGUGGGGUCAUCCACGUGUACGGUGAUGACAACAGUGACAAAUCGGCCAGCAGCUUCAUUCCCUACUGCUCUAUGGCUCAGGCACAGCUCUGUUUCCAUGGACACCGGGAUGCUGUCAAAUUCUUCGUCUCUGUGCCUGGUAAUGUCCUUGCGACCCUGAAUGGGAGUGUGUUGGACAGCCCUUCGGAGAACCCCAGCACAGCAGCCACCGAGACCGAGGGGCAGAAGCUGAAGAACGUCCUUGUGCUGAGUGGAGGAGAAGGGUACAUCGAUUUCCGGAUCGGGGAUGGGGAAGAUGAUGAGACAGAGGAAAACGCAGGAGAUGCCACACAGGUGAAGCCAGUACUUUCCAAGGCUGAACGGAGCCACAUUAUUGUGUGGCAGGUAUCAUAUAUCCCUGAGUGAGAAUUCCUCCUUCCCCUCAAUGUAAGUGUCCCUCCUCCCGCCUGAAUGCCAAGAUGUACAUACAGAACGCCUGCAUUAUAACUCCUGCUGGAAACUGACCCCGGACAACUGCAACGGCUCCUGCCUCAGACUGUGACCCCCUCGGAACUCGCAGCUUUCAUCUCGGGCCCGUGUGCUUUCAGCAUGGUUGGAUUCUUGUUCUGCUCUGGAGCUGGCAUCUGCAAGGAGAGAAAUGGCAGCGCAUCGUGAAGUGAGCUUGGAGCCAGGACUGUGGGAAGCCUUUGCCCAGCUAGAGCGGGGUGGCUCAGGUUCUCGGGCAGGUUGCCUCACUCCCACCUGCAUGAGAAAGAAGUGUGUCCCCAGGCAUCCCCUGCAAAGCACUGGUGGUGAAUCACUUCUACAGCACCACAGCAGAAAUCCCUUCUAGUUCACCAGUGGACUCUCCACCUUAUCCACCCUUAAGCACAGAAUAACAUCCCAUGGACUGAGAGCAGAUAAGUCCAAGGAGGCCUCAGUAGAAAGGAGCAUCAUGGUUUGGGCAGCCCUUCUGCUGCUGGGCUGGAGGAGGCAGCAGCACCAUUACUGUGGGGUUCAUAUCCUCUGUCCUUGCAGUGGGAAGGUCCUGUCCUCUGCUGCUGCUGUUGUCUCAGCAGCUAUGUGCUGGGUGCCUGUGUGUGUGUCCCAAGAGGAUUGUUUGGUGGCCUCAGAUGGCAAAUGGGUGUUUGAUUGUGGAGGCCACAUGGCUGUGGUAGCAAAGGGGUACUGGAACACUGCUUUUUCAAGAGCAGAAAAGGCAACACCUAACUCCCCGUUCUAAAAAUGCCAGGCAGUAAAGAACUCCCGAGUUGGUUCUGAAAGGUUCAGAAGAAAGUUAUCUCUGCAUUGCAUUUGGUGGCUUUUAAAACACAUGCGAGGGCAGAGGGUGGUGAUCUGCUAUGAAUUCUCAUUAACACAUUGACAUUGCCUUGACUCAAGGUUAUGUCCCCUUCCCAGGAACUGCUGGAAGGAGAUCUCUGUUUUCACAGGAAAACAGAUUGGCUGUCAGUUAGGAAAGACUGGAUGUGCAGUCAAGGUACAGAAAGGCCGUGUCUCACCUGAAGUCACAUAGAAAAAGGAAUUGAGGACAGAUUUCCCAGCAUCUUUUAUCUAACACUAACUGUGUUAGUAAGUAGUUUAAAAAGCUGGAAAUUUCUGACUCCUGAAAAAAGUUGACAGCCCCUUAGAGAAGUGGUGACAGCCCUCCCUGUGUAAGCACUGCUGGGCAAUGGCAGAUGUGCAAAAAUACGGGGCCAGGGAGAGUGGUUUUGAGCUCAAGGUGCAGAAUGUGGCAGCUCCAGGUGUAGAGGCAGUGGUGUGUUCCCCCUUUCUGUCAGCAGAAACAGUCCCAUCCAACAAGGACAAGUUCCAUGUCCCCAGAGGACUCCUUUCUGAAUGUGCAGGACUAGGGCAAGUCGCAGUUGUUAGUGAUGAAUUUGGAAGCUCCUGGUGGUCAUCUUGUUUCUUCCCUGAGCUGUGCAGCACUCUGGGGUUCACAGGGACAUCCUUAUGACAGUAUAGGGACAACUGGGCAAGCCUCCAUCUCCCAGAAAGCUCAUAGCUGUGUCCCGUGCUUGCUGCCAUGGACCAGGCUGUUCACAAGGCUUGUGGUCUAAAGCUCCUGCUGUGCUGCAGGGAUGCCAUGUUCCCAGGUGAUGCUCUAACAGGUGGCAUCUCUGCUGAUGCAGCAGCACUGAAACGAUUUUUGGAUCCACAGUUCAGGAAAGGCUGGGGAUUACAUUGCCCCUGCAAGGAGGCAAGCAACAUCGCUGGUGAAUUAGAGGCCUCAGCCAGCUGCAGUGGUGCCCAUGGCUGUCUGUGAGCAGUGCUGGUGACACACCACCCACACCAGUCCUCCCCAAGGCAGGAAUCCAGCUGGAGAGAGUCUUCCAGGCAUCAGCACACUGGGUUCUGUGGCUGGCACUGGGUUAAGGGAUACCUGGAGUCACCAUCUGCAUGUGGGGGGACCUUUCACCAGGGACAUUUCACUGGGCCACUGCUGACCAUGCCAGGCUUCUCAUUCACUUUCCCCAUAUGCUUUCUGCUAGGAAGAGCUCUUUGGGUCCCAACACAGAGUGCAUUGAAGUUAAGAAUAUAACAUUUAAAGCACAGAUUCCACUGUCAUGUUCAUCAGUUAGGGCCAGAUAAACUUCAGAAUUUGGGCUAGUUGAAGGGAAAAAAAAAAAAAAAAAGAAAAAAAGCCCCGGUAGAGUCCAGUUCCUUCACUCUGUCAACUCUUUUGUAGGAAAAUCAGAAUUGUAACAUUUGUACCUCUGACUGUUUGUUCUGUAUCUGGUUUGAGCAGUUGAAGGGACAGCACUUGGUCUCCUGUCACCCACUGGGCUCUGGCAACAUGAGGAAAUCAGUCUGGGGCCUCUACCACCAGGUUCCUUUCCAGCUCGGUGCAUGUUUUCCUCCAAGAGAAGCACAUGGCCCAGAGGGGCAGCUCCAGGGGGGAGACCCGGCCUCUGCUGGCAGCUCCUGCAGCCUUGGGUGGCUGCUGGGCAUCAAGGUGAGAACUGACUGGCUUCAGCACACUUCCCUGUCAUAUCUCCACUGUGAUGUAUGUAAAGUAUCUUGUAUGUUACAAAAGGAUUUUAAAAAGUGUCUCAAGGCCUGUAAACUCCGCUGUUCGGUCUGAAGAUGGCAUUCUGUAAAGAGCCUGCUGUAUGAAUACGUUCCCAUGCUUUGUCCCCUAUGCUAUCAACAACAAACCAUAUCUGUUCUGUAUGUAAUAAACGUGUUAACAUCA